AUGUCGACGGCGGAGAUGGAGCAGCUGACCUCCGGAGCCAGCAACCGCAUCAUCCCGCUCCUCAAAACCCUAAGGACGGUUCUUCUCUUCGUCCAUACCUUCUUUCUCUCCCUGCUCCUCUUCAUCCUCCCCCGUCGUCGCCGCCGGGGAAUAUCGGAAUCUCUCCUCGACGCGCCGUCGUCGAAGAAGCGGAAGUCGGCGUGGAAGAGAGAGGAGGAGGACACUCUCAGGCGGAGAGCGUUGGCCGAGUGCUAUAGCACCGGAGACGGGCACUGCCCCUACCGUUCGGCGACCUUCUUGUUCUUCGGCGGUAGAAACAACGCCCUCUUCUGCCGGUCGUGGGUUCCGGUCUCCGGUACACCGAGGGGCAUUUUGAUCAUCAUACAUGGGCUUAAUGAGCAUAGUGGAAGAUAUGCUGAUUUUGCUAGGCAACUAACCUCCUGCAACUUUGGGGUAUAUGCAAUGGACUGGAUAGGUCAUGGUGGCAGCGAUGGAUUGCAUGGAUACGUCCCUGCACUUGACUAUGUUGUUGCUGAUACUGUAGCUUUCUUGGAAAAGAUUAGGUUAGAGAACCCUGGAGUACCAUGCUUCCUCUUUGGUCACUCAACGGGAGGAGCUGUUGUUUUGAAGGCGGCAUAUUCCCCUCAAAUUGAAGGAGUGGUAGAGGGCAUUGUGCUGACAUCACCAGCUUUGCGUGUUAAGCCAGCACAUCCAAUUGUUGGGGCUGUGGCUCCAAUUGUCUCUUUGGUUGCUCCCAAGUUUCAGUUUAAAGGGGCAAACAAGAGGGGUAUUCCAGUCUCAAGGGAUCCUGCAGCAUUGGUGGCCAAGUAUUCUGAUCCCCUGGUCUAUACUGGCCCGAUAAGGGUCAGAACAGGCUAUGAGAUAUUGCGAAUCUCCACUCAUUUGACACGGAACUUUAAGUUUGUGAGCGUCCCCUUCUUUGUUCUUCACGGAACUGCUGAUAGAGUCACUGAUCCGCUAGCCUCCCAAGAUCUCUAUAAUGAGGCAGCAUCAGAGUUCAAAGAUAUAAAGCUCUAUGAUGGUUUCUUACACGACCUUCUCUUCGAGCCGGAACGUGAAGAGAUUGCACAGGAUAUAAUAAAUUGGAUGGAGAAGAGAUUGCACAGGAUAUAA